CAAAGGCCUGGGCGGAGCCGGGACGUAGCUUAGCACUUUCCACCAGUAACUCUCAGUGUGUGCCCUCAGAAGAGCUGGGUAGGCAGGUAGGGGAGUAGCUCCAGACACUUCUUUUUUGAGCUCCCCCCCCUACCAGGCACUGCCAUGGCCUCGGAAUGGCAAGAGGCCGCGGUUGAGCAGGCCGAGGAGAUAUCAGCCCGUCUUAAACAGUUGCUAAUCACGGGACUCGGCCUUGUUCAUACUGAGUUGGGCCUCGACUUAGGCCUGCAACCACAGCUCUAUCCUUCAUGGGUAUUCCUGGCAGUGCCAGCCUCCCUGGGCCUGCUUCUUCUUCUACUGCUCUGCACUGCGGGACGGGGUAAGAAGCAAGUCAGGGUGGAGAGGGAGACGGCGGUGGUGGAGACCAAAUCACCGGCACCUAGCAAGAGCAUUAAGGUGGAGGAUUCCAAGAAGAAAAACAAAAAGAAACUACCAGAAAAAGCCAAGCCUAAUGGCAGACCAGUGGAACUUGCAGAUGAGGAAAUAAUUCCAGUUGUUAAAAAUGAGAACCAGAAGCAGCCAUUAGAUACAGACAAAAAGAAUGAAAAGGCAAAAAAGAAUAAAAAGAAACCCAAAGUUGAGACAAAACCAACUUUACCAAAUAAAGAUAAAAAGGAAGUUGAAGAAGGAAAUUGGGAAACCAAAAUUAGUAACAAGGAGAAGCGCCAGCAGCGCAAACGCGAUAAAGGAGAACCGGACAUAAAUUCCCCAUUUGUUGAACCUACAAACUCUUUCAUAAGCGAACGGAUCAUAUCUAUUCCAUCUAAUUCUUCUGGUCCUAGGAAACCUAAAGUUUCAAGUUCUAGUGAAAUUUCUGCUGUAAAUGGAAGUGGUUGGAAUGAGAAGUCCUCAAAGCUAUUGUCCUCACAACUUGGGGAAGAAAAAUGGGUACCUGUUGGCAAGAAAAAAUCUGAACCUUGGAAUCGGGAUGCUGGGGACACUAACGGUAAAGACUGGAGUGCACCAUGGAGUGAGCGUCCAAUCUUCCCCAACAUAGCUACCUGGUCAUCUGUGGACGGAGGAAUAAGUGCAACUGAACCAGGACCAACUUCAUUUUCAACCAUUGGAUUAAAUAGCACAUUAUCAGCUGCCGUUUCUGAGACAGUUUCCAAACCUAAUGCAUCAGACAGCCAAUGGGAGGCAACCCCUACUGAGCCCUGUGUUGAUGAUGUGUGGUCUGGUUCAAAUGGAAUUGCUUCUGCCGAUCUCGGUUCAGACUGGAAUGCACCAGCAGAAGAGUGGGGAAACUGGGGAGAAGAAGAGCCAGAACCUGCUCCACAACCUGACGAGCCAGAAGACGAAGUUCAAAAGGUCUCUGAUGAUGAAAAGGAGAAGGAAGAAGUAUCCGCCCAAGGUGCUACCAGCAAGAAUAAGAAGAAGAAAAAGAAGAAGAAGAAGCAGAAUGAAGAGUCUGAUUCUGCUGUCCAGGAUACAGAGAUCAUGGAUAAGGAGCCAAGGAUUGAAUUUAAAGAUGUUCCACAAGCACGACCUCAGCCAGUCAGGAUUAUUUCAGCUCUGGCUGAAAAACCUAGUGAGCCUAAAGAGGUGAGGGAAUAAGUGUUUGUACUAAAGCAAAUAAACUGGAUACUGGAAGCUGUAGAUAAGUCAUAA